AUGGAGGCGGAAUUAAUUAAAGAGGCACUUUUGGAGACUGGAUGGAGAUCAUCCUUUGCAUUUCCCAUUGCAUCAAAGGAAAAUAUGAAAUUUCUUGAAGUGUUAGCUGAAACAAAGGCCAAGAUUGCUGAAACGAAAGAUAGUCUUGAAAUGUACGAGGAGAAGAAUACCAAGUUGAAAGACCAUUUGGCUCUCAUCUUUAAUGAACGCAAGCUCACUGAACAACUUAACUUUGAAGUUGACAGGGAAAUCGGUGAUUUGGAACAGUUCAUCAAGCUGACAGAACAAGAGAACAGACGUACUGUCAAUGAUCACAAAAGGCUUGUUGACCAAAAGAAGAAAAUAGCAUCUAGACUGGAGUCUCUUGAGGUAUAA